UCGGAAUUUUACUUGGCUCGCUAACCAUUGGAAAGUUAUGUGAUUUUCGGUUUUACCUUCAUGUAUGUUUUUAAUUGACAAAGAUACAACAAAUCAAUGUAGUAUGAUUGGUUACAAACCAUUGUCUUUGUUUAAAACAAUCAAGGUUCAAAUCUAGCAAGCAAUAUAUUUAUGAUUUUUUAUUACUUGUUAAAAAGUAAUAUGACAUUUACUAUUAUAACUCUAGCUAUGAUGAAGGAGAACGUAGUCUUCGGAUUGGGUGGGUUGAGUGUUGGUCUGUUGGGUUUAAUUAAUUGAUUUUUUACAUGGCAUAUUGGUUGGGCUGAGUUAAUAAAGAAUUUUUAGACGAAAGUAGAUGUAAUGACCACUUGAUGUAUGAAAUUUGAUAAUGUAAUAGGGUGUAUUAGCCCUUAACUCCUCCACAUUCCUGAUACGCCCAAGUCAUCUGCAUCUGAACCCCAACCGCCGGUGGUCGAUCUCAUGGAUCCUGACACUUCCGAUAGGCUUAUAAUCCAUCACCAGCUCAAGGCGAUGGUCGCUGAUCCAGACAACUCCCCUAAACCGGAGGAGCAGGCCCUUACGUUCCCUGAAUCGGAGGAGGAGGAAUCCGAGGAGGAGUUGUCGGAGGGAUCGGAAGAGGAGGCCGAAUCGGAGGAGGAGUCGUCGGAGGGAUCGGAGGAGGAGACCAUUAAGCCAGAGCUAUCUUUUGAAUCGCGGGAGGGUGUCGAUAAUUAUCCAGAUAACAAAUACGGGAAGAUAUCCUGUAAAUGCUGCCAAAAGCUUCGAGAGCGGCAGUUCAAACCCAAGGACGACGAUUGCAAUUAUUUACAAGACAAGGACGAUUUUGAUGGCGACGAACAACUUAAGCUAAGCUGCGGGUCAUACAUCACAGGAGGAAGAAGUGGAUCACCGGUGUAACUAGUUCCAACCUUAUAAGUUAUUUCUACUAAUUAUUAUUCAAAUUCUAACUAGCAAGCUAAGGUUCUCGAUCAAUCAAAUUUGAUCUUUCUUCUUGUUCUUAAUCCAUUAACCACAUACACGCAGGGAUUUUAAAAUCGCUGAUUGCCAACCAUACUUCAUUAGCUACGGAGGCAUUUACCACCGACCGAGAACAUCACUGGGAAAUUUGGAAUUUAGACGAGAUGAUCCGCUCCUGUUAGAUUUGUCAUCAAGCAAUAUAAAAAGCUGAAGGUAAUUGCUAUGGUUAAUGUACUGUUAAAAAGAAUAGUUUGUUAAUCUAUUACUGGAUUCACUAACCGGAAAAACCAGAGCAUGCUUGCCCACUUGCCCAGGGCGAGAGCUUGAUUUUAAAAGACAUUCUGAACACGACCAUGGAGCAAUAUGCUUGUUGGCGGUUCUAUAUAUGUGACAUUUACCGCCUGCGAACAGUCCUCUUCUGAUGAAGUCCAGAUUUACCAGACCCUGGUGGCCUAUUAUUUCAUCUCGUCGAUCGGGGAGAACAUAAAGUUGCAAUCCUCAGGAGGAAAAUUAUCGGUGAAGGUAAUCAACAGUUUGUUUUCAUCAGUGCAUGCUUAAAUGGUUUGGUUAUCGAGGUAUAUGCAUGCAGUUUAUAGUACAACGAUUGCUCUCGAGUUAAUUAUGUGAAUGAUGUGUUCUGUUAAGAACUGAUCAAAACCUUCCCGUCGAACAUAUAUAGUUCGAGUCCAUGCAUGUCUCUGUCUUUGAGUGGAAGAGUUAUGCCAUGGUGAAUAAGCUUGUGCAUAAUUAAGGGGGAGUUCCUCUUCUUCUCUCGAUAUUUGUUUCAUGGCAUGGUUGAUCAAUACAGUGAAGUGGCAUGUCAUUAAUACCCUUAUGCAAGAGUUUGUGUUGAAACAGUUUGGUGACAUUGUCCAUUAUUAUGUAGGCUACGUAUGUGCAUAUACAUCCUUGGCCCUGCUGGUUUUUACAGCAAAGUACUUUUGCAAUCCUUGUUAAUCAUGUCUCAUUGAUCUUCUGAUCAUCAAAAUGUUUAGCUUUGCUUAUUUGUUCGUUUAUUCGCUGAAUCCAAUGUGAUCAUAUUUUUCCUUAGAAGUUGAACAGAUCGUUUCCUAAUGGAAGAUACUUCUCUCUUUCUAGACGAGUAUGUGGAUUUGUUACAGCCUUCCGGCGAGCUUACUGAGAAGCGCACAAGGGUAAAGAAAGAGCUAGUGUCCACCUUGGACGAGGAAGAUAGACAAGUAUUUGAGCUCGAGGAAAAAGCCAAAGAUGGUGAAGUAAAUGCCCUGAUGAAGAGGGAGAAAGAGUCCAAAGCUACAGGUCUGGCCCCGCUCUCUUUGAACUAGACGAAGACAACUAUGAUCAGUAUACUUGAUUGAUGUUGUGGCUGAAAACUAGAGUGGAGUGGUUGCGACUUGCGAGAGCGCUGAUCGGAAGAUAACAGGCGUUGAUGUUUCAAAGUGCUAGGACAACACUUGUUCAGCCGAUGAUGGUUGAUGUGGACAUGUGGUUGGCUUCAUUCCUGCAAGACAACGGAGUACAACAACUUCUAGUGAUGGCAAAGUGGAUCCAAUAUAUGAUAUUGUCCAAAGUCCAAACCAACUUUUUAUGAUUCAAAUCAAGUUUGAUUAAUUAUACUUUUGGAUAUAUUUUUGGAUAUAAGGGAUUUUGGGAAUAAAUUUAGCUUUAAUUU